CAUUAUUAUUUUCCCUUAUUUUGUGUAGUUCAAGACACUGAGAGUGGAAGAAUAUCGACUGGCUCUGAAGAAUUUGGAGCUGCACUACCAGGCCUUUGUGCGUGACAGUCAGGGUUCUGAACUCUUCGGGGCGGAUGAUCGCUUGCAAGCCGAAAACAGUUACGGCAAAUCCACUCAGCACUAUGACAAUCUUCUACGCUCUGUUGAACAAGAACCUGUUCUCACCCUAAAGGUCAAUACUGCAGGGGAACAGGAUGAGUCAGUGUGCAAGAGUUACAUUACACAGAUAAAAGACCUGAGGCUGAGGCUGGAAGGCUGCGAGUCCAGCACAGUUAACCGUCUCCGACAGCUGAUCGACAAGGAACCUCUCAAAGCCUGUGCACAGAGGACCACUGAACAGAAGAAAGUGCAGUCUGAGUUGGACGGUAUAAAGAAAGACCUGGACAAGAUGGUGGAGAAGAGUGAAGCAAUGCUGGCCACCUCUCAGCACUCUAGUUCUGCCCCAGUCCUGCGUUCAGAUAUAAACAUCACCCAGAAAAAGAUGGAUCAUGUUUACAGUCUAUCAUCUGUGUACCUGGACAAGCUGAAGACCAUUGACAUGGUAAUCCGCAGUAAACAAGGAGCUGAGGAAAUUCUCAACAAGUAUGAGAACCAGUUGCGAGAUGUGCAGAAAGUCCCUGUUAAUGAGAAAGAGGUUGAAGUCAACCAAACACAGCUCCAGAAAUUACACUCAGAAGCAGAGGGCAAUCAAGCCAUCUUUGACCGCCUGGAUGACGAACUUCAAAGAGCUAUGGCGGUGAACGACCAGAUGUCUCGGCUGCACAGUGAACGUGAUAUAGAGCUGGAGCACUACAAACAGCUGGUGGGCAACCUGAGGGACCGCUGGCAGGCUGUGUUUGCUCAGAUUGAAGUGAGACAGCGAGAACUAGACCUGCUGAGCAGACAGAUGCAGGCCUACAGACAGAGCUAUGACUGGCUUAUUAGCUGGAUAGCAGAUGCCAAGCAGAGGCAGGACAAGCUCCAUGCUGUUCCCAUUGGAGGCAGCAAGGCCCUUCAAGAUCAGCUGGCCCAGGAGAAGAAACUUCUUGAGGAGAUUGAGAAGAACAAAGACAAAAUUGAUGAAUGCCAGAAAUAUGCUAAAGCAUACAUUGAUGCAAUAAAGGAUUAUGAGCUCCCGUUGAUGACAUAUAAAGCCUUAAUGGAGCCUAUUGCUUCCCCUCUGAAGAAAACCAAAAUGGAGUCUGCAUCUGAUGACAUCAUCCAAGAGUAUGUGACUCUAAGAACACGCUACAGUGAACUGAUGACUCUGUCAAGCCAGUAUAUUAAAUUCAUCACUGAGACAAAGCACCGUCUAACAAUUGAAGAGAACGCUGCUGUAAGACUUAAGGAGGAAGAGAGGAAAAAACUGGCCGAGAUGCAGGCCGAGUUAGACAAGCAGAGACAGUUAGCAGAAUCUCAUGCAAAGGCUAUUACUAAAGCAGAACAAGAGGCCAAUGAGCUGAGGAUGAAGAUGAAAGAUGAAGUCGACAAACGACAGGAUGUUGCUGUUGAUGCUGAGAAACAGAAGCACAAUAUCCAGAAAGAGCUGCAUGAGGUUAAAAGCCUUUCAGAGCAGGAAAUCAAGUCUAAAACACAACAGGUAGAGGAGGCCCUCCAAAGCCGCACCAGAAUUGAAGAAGAGAUCCGUAUUAUCCGACUCCAGCUAGAGACGACAACAAAACAAAAAACAACUGCUGAAAUAGAGCUUCAGCAGCUCAGGGACAAAGCAGCAGAGGCUGACAAACUGCGAAAGGCAGCCCAGGAAGAGGCAGAAAAGCUUCGGAAGCAAGUUGCUGAAGAGACUAAGAAAAAACGCAAUGCAGAAGAUGAGCUUAAACUGAAAUCUGAGGCAGAGAAAAUGGCUGCUAUAGAGAAACAAAAGGCCCUUGAGGAUCUGGAGAAAUUUAAGCUGCAAGCUGAGGAAGCUGAGAGACACAUGAAGCAAGCAGAGCUGGAAAAGCAGAGACACAGUCAAGUGGUAGAGGAGGUGGCUAAGAAGACGGCAGCCACUGAGCUUCAGAGUAAACAACUUUCCUUGACAGCAAAGCUGGAAGAGUCACUCAAACAUGAGCAAGUAAUGGUCAUUCAGCUGCAAGAGGAGGCAGAACAUCUGAAAAAGCAGCAAGCCAAUGCAGAUAAGGCAAGAGAGCAGGCUGAGAAGGAACUAGAAACAUGGAGACAGAAGGCCAAUGAAGCACUUCGUCUCCGACUCCAGGCGGAAGAGGAGGCCAAUAAGAAAACUGCAGCUCAGGAGGAGGCAGAAAAACAAAAAGAGGAAGCUAAGCGGGAGGCAAAGAAGAGGGCAAAAGCUGAGGUGGCUGCACUUAAACAGAAAGAGACUGCAGAAAAGGAACUUGAAAAUCAAAGGAAAAAGGCUGAACAAACUGCUCAACAAAAGCUUACAGCAGAACAAGAGCUUAUUCGGUUAAGAGCAGAUUUUGACCAUGCUGAGCAACAGAGAGCUGUCUUGGAUGAUGAGCUCCAGCGCCUCAAAAAUGAAGUCAAUGCUGCUGUUAAACAGAAGAAGGAACUCGAAGAGGAACUGGUCAAAGUUAGGAAGGAGAUGGAAGAGCUUUUGCAGCUAAAAUCCAAAGCUGAGAAAAAGUCUGUGUCAAACACUGAAAAGAGCAAACAACUUCUUGAAUCUGAGGCAGUCAAGAUGAGGGAACUUGCUGAAGAGGCCACUAAACUGAGAUCAGUUGCAGAAGAAGCAAAGAAACAGAGGCAGGUCGCAGAGGAAGAAGCAGCUCACCAGAGAGCAGAGGCUGAAAAGAUCCUCAAAGAAAAGUUAGCAGCUAUCAAUGAUGCAACUCGUCUAAAAACUGAGGCUGAGAUUGCUUUGAAAGAGAAGGAAGCUGAAAAUGAGCAUCUAAAGAGACAAGCAGAAGAGGAGGCUUACCAGAGAAAAGUCCUUGAAGAUCAAGCAGCACACCAUAAGCAAGCGAUUGAAGAAAAGAUUGAUCAGUUGAAGAUGUCCUCAGACAUCGAACUAAACAGGCAAAAGAAAAUUGUAGAAGAAACCUUGAAGCAGAGGAAAGUGGUUGAAGAGGAGAUCCACAUUCUCAAACUCAACUUUGAGAAGGCUUCGACCGGCAAACAAGACCUUGAACUAGAGCUCAACAAACUGAAGAGCAUCGCAGAUGAGACUCAGAAGAGCAAAGCAAAGGCAGAAGAUGAAGCUGAGGAAUUCAGAAAACUUGCUUUGGAGGAAGAGAAAAAAAGGAAAGCGGCAGAGGAGAAGGUGAGAAAAAUCCAAGCUGCAGAAGAAGAGGCAGCAAGACAGCACAAAGCUGCUCAAGAGGAGGUGGAAUGUCUCAUAAAGAAAGCAGAAGAGGCCAAAAAGCAGAAAGAGAAUGCUGAGAAGGAAGCAGAGAAACAGAUCCUUGUAGCCAAAGAGGCCGCACAGAAGUGCUCUGCUGCUGAGCAGAAAGCCCAAGAUGUUCUUCUUCAACAAAAUAAUGAUAGCAUGACACAGGAUAAACUCAAGGAAGAGUUUGAUAAGGCAAAGAAACUGGUACAAGAUGCAGAAAAUGCUAAAGACAAAGCUGAAAAAGAAGCUGCCCUGUUACAGAAGAAAGCAGAGGAAGCAGAGCAUCAGAAAUUGGUAGCUGAGGCUGAAGCUGCCAAACAGGCCAAGGCCCAGGAAGAUGCAGAAAAUUUGAGAAAAGAAGCUGAAAAAGAAGCUUCCAGACGGGCCGAGGCAGAGGCUGCUGCUUUGAAACAAAAACAAGAGGCUGAUGCUAAGAUGGCUAAGUACAAAAAGCUUGCAGAACAAACCAUGGAACAGAAGUCUCAAGUUGAGGGAGAGUUAAAAAAGGUUAAACUGCAACUUGAUGAAACAGACAAACAGAAAUCUAUCCUUGAUGAUGAACUCAAGCGACUCAAAAAAGAGGUCGGUGUUGCUAUGAAGCAGAAAGCUCAAGUAGACGAUGAGCUCUCUAAAGUCAAGAUUCAGAUGGAGGAGUUAAUGAAAUUGAAACUUAAAAUUGAGAAGGAAAAUCAAGAGCUUAUAAAGAAAGAUAAAGACAGUACAAAGAAACUCCUCAAGGAGGAGGCUGAGAACAUGAAAAAAUUGGCGGAGGAGGCAGCAAGACUUAACUUAGAGGCUCAAGAAGCUGCAAGGUUACGGCAAAUUGCAGAGUCUGAUCUUGCCAAACAGAGGGAACUGGCUGACAAGAUGCUUGAAGAGAAAAAGCAGGCCAUCCAGGAGGCAACAAAACUAAAGGCUGAAGCUGAAAAGCUCCAGAAACAAAAAGAUCAGGCACAGUUAGAGGCUCAAAAGCUGCUGGAGGCCAAAAAGGAGAUGCAGCAGCGUCUGCAGCAGGAGACCGAAGUUUUCCAGAAAUCCUUAGAGGCUGAACACAAACGACAAUUAGAGAUUACCACAGAGGCUGAGAAACUAAAGAUCAAGGUGACACAGCUAAGUGAUGCUCAGUCAAAAGCCGAGGAGGAAGCCAAAAAAUUCAAGAAUCAAGCUGAUGAAAUCAAAGCCCGUCUGCAAGGCACAGGAAAACAAACUUCAGAGAAACACACUGUUGUUGAGAAACUGGAAGUGCAGAGAUUGCAGAGCAAAAAAGAGGCUGAUGAUCUGCAUGAAGCAAUCUCAGAACUUGAGAAGGAAAGGGAAAAAUUGAAAAAAGAGGCAGCUGACUUACAAAACCAGUCAAAAGAGAUGGCCAAUGUACAACAAGAACAAUUACUGCAGGAAAAGACUGUCCUCCAGCAAACUUUCUUAGUAGAAAAAGAGACACUGCUGAAAAAGGAGAAGGCCAUUGAGGCAAAGAAAAAGACACUAGAAAAGCAAUUUGAAGAUGAAGUGAAAAAGGCUGAAGCACUGAAAUAUGAACAGGAGCAUCAGAGGAAACAGAUGGAGGAGGAGAGGAGAAAACUCCAGUCUGCCAUGGAUGCUGCUAUCAAAAAACAAAAGGAUGCUGAGGAAGAGAUGCUCAACAAGCAAAAAGAUAUGCAAGAGCUUGAAAAGAAAAGAAUUGAACAAGAGAAACUUCUGGCAGAAGAAAACAAGAACUUACGAGAAAAACUCCAGCAGCUUCAGAGUACACAGAAGCCAUCCCACACCAAGGAAAUUGAGAUCCAAACUGACAGUGUCCCUGAAGAAGAGUUAGUUCAAAUGACCAUGGUAGAAACUACGAAAAAGGUCCUAAAUGGCUCUACAGAAGUAGAUGGUGUGAAAAAAGAUUUAUCUCUGGCUUUUGACGGAAUCAGAGAGAAGGUGCCAGCAAGGAGGCUUUAUGACAUUGGUGUACUGAGCAAAAAAGAAUUUGACAAACUUAAGAAAGGCAAAACAACCGUUCAAGAACUUGCUAAGAAUGACAAAGUCAAGAUGUGCCUAAAAGGUAAUGAUUGCAUAGGUGGUGUAAUAGUUGAACCCAACCAGAAAAUUAGCAUUUAUCAAGCUUUGAAGGACAAUAAGAUCACACAAAGUACAGCUAUGAUGCUUCUCGAAGCUCAGGCUGCAUCUGGUUACAUAAUUGACCCCCUCAAGAACCAGAGAUUCUCUGUCAAUGAAGCUGUGAAGGAUGCCUUGAUUGGACCUGAGUUACACAAUAGACUGCUAUCUGCCGAAAGGGCUGCCACAGGAUAUACUGAUCCUUUCACUGGAAAUAAAAUCUCACUGUUUGAAGCUAUGAAAAAAGGUUUGAUCGCAGACAACCAGGCCAUGAAACUUCUCGAUUCUCAAUAUGCAACUGGUGGAAUAAUCGAUCCAGUAAAUAGCCACCGUGUGCCAGCCCAAACAGCAUGCACACAAGGUCAACUGGAUGAUGACCUAAGAAAAAUUCUGUCCAGUCCUCCUGCUGACAAAAAAGCAUUCAUUGACCCCAACACUCAGGAUAGCCUUACAUAUUCUGAGCUACUGGAGCUAUGCAAACCAGAUCCUGAGACAGGCAUUCCAUUACUACCCAUUACAGGGAAAGCAGCACAAAUCAAAAUAAAUUACACAGAUGAGGAAACCAAAGAUGCAUUUAGUAAAGCAAGCAUAACAGUUCCAUUUGGAAGAUUUAAAGGAAAGACUGUCACUAUCUGGGAGGUCAUAAACUCUGAGUACUUCACUGAAGAUCAGAGAAAGGAUCUAAUCCGUCAAUACAAGAUGGGCAAAAUUACAGUUGAAAAAAUUAUUAGGAUUGUAAUAACUGUUGUGGAGGACAAAGAAAACAAGAAGGAACCUUCCUUUGAUGGUUUAAGAUCAUCAGUGUCUGCAUCUGAACUUCUGGAUGCAAAUAUUAUUAACAAAGAUUUGUUUAAUAAAUUGCACAAUGGCAAAGCUACUCUUAAAGAGGUGUCCGAGCUUGAGCCUGUCAAGAAAGCCCUAAAGGGGACAAACAGUAUUGCCGGGGUGAUCAUUGAGUUGACUAAGGAAAGAAUAUCUUUUUACGAAGCCAUGAAGAAGGACUUUCUCGCAACAGAGACUGCAUUAAAUCUUCUAGAGGCUCAAGCUGGAACAGGCUUCAUAAUUGAUCCUGUGAAAAACCAAAAGCUCACAGUUGAUGAAGCAGUCAAAAGUGGUGUUGUUGGCCCAGAGCUCCAUGAGAAAUUGCUGUCUGCAGAAAGAGCAGUUUGUGGUUACAAAGAUCCAUAUACUGGAAAAACUGUAUCCUUAUUUGAGGCCAUGCAAAAGGAUCUCAUUAAGAAAGACCAAGGUACCCGACUGUUGGCAGCCCAACUUGCAACUGGAGGGAUUAUUGACCCAGAGAAAAGCUACCGCAUCACUCCAGAUAUUGCAUAUAAACGUGGUUACCUAAAUGAAGAGAUAAACAAAAGUUUAAGCUUCCCAUCUGACUUCAGUACAGUAUUUAUUGACCCUAACACACAAGAAAAUGUCAUGUAUGCUGAACUGCUAAAAAGAUGCCUCACUGAUAAACAGACUGGUCUCCCAAUGCUUUUGCUCUCUGAGAAGGCAAUCAAGUCAAAAGAAAAGGAACCACUAUCUGAAAUGCAAAUUAAAGAGGCAUUGAGCCAUUCUACGGUUGAGCUACACAGUGGACUGUUUAAAGGAAGAAAAGUCACCAUUUGGGAGAUCAUAAACUCUGAAUAUUUUACAGAGGAGCAAAGGAUUGAAUUUCUUCGACAGUAUAGAUCAGGACAAGUCACUAUUGAAAAAUUGAUCAAGAUUGUGAUAACAAUAGUGGAUGAAAGCGAAAGGAAGCGACAAGAUAGCUUUGAAGGAUUCAGAGGACCUGUAACUGCCACAUCCUUGUUUGAAUCUAAAAUCAUUGACAAGGAUACAUAUGAUAAGCUCCAACAAGGCAAAAAGAAACCUGCAGAGGUUAGUGAAAUUGACUCCAUAAAAUGCUACUUGCAUUCUGAUUGUAUUGCUGGUGUAUUUGUUGAAAAAACAAAAGAAAAACUAAGCAUUUACCAAGCAAUAAUGCAGAAACUACUGACACAAAAGACAGGUCUAUCCCUGCUGGAGGCCCAAGCAGCUACUGGGUACAUAAUUGAUCCCAUCAGGAAUGAGAAGUUUACCGUGGAUGGUGCUGUAAAGGCUGGUAUUGUUGGUCCAGAACUACAUGAGAAACUACUUUUAGCAGAGAAAGCCGUUACCGGUUACAAAGAUCCAUACACUGGUAGUAAGAUCUCUCUUCUCCAAGCAAUGCAGAAACAGCUUGUUCUAAGAGAACAUGCCAUAACUCUUCUAGAUGCUCAGGAGGCCACUGGAGGAAUUAUUGAUCCAGUAAAUAGCCAUCACCUUCCCAAUGAUAUAGCCAUUCAGCGUGGCUACUUCAGUAAGCAAUUGGCUAAGUCUUUUAAAGACCCCUCAGAUGACAUCAAAAGUUUCACUGACCCCAACAAAGAUGAAAGCGUCACAUACAAACAACUGAAAGAGAGAUGCAUGACUGAUCCAGACUUUGGAAUAUGCCUGCUACCUCUCUCUAAAGCCGAGGCUCCAGAACAAGCUAAAACAUCCUACGUUUACACAGAGGAACAAACACAAACCGACUUAGCUAACACUCAAGUAGAUAUACCACAUGGAAGUUUAGCUGGGAAACAAGUGACAUUAUGGGAAGUCAUGAAUUCAGAUUUGCUUCCAGCAGAGGAAAAACAAAGGCUUCUUGAGCAGUACCGCUCAGGCAAAAUCACAAAAGAGAGAAUGAUCAUAAUUAUAAUUGAAAUCAUUGAACAAAGAGAGAUCAUUAAGACCGAGCAGAGCAUGUCGUGUGAUGUAAUCAGACGGCGGGUUACUAUUGAGGAACUUUACAGAGCUCGUAUUAUAGAUAUUGAAACUUUCAACCUGCUUCAACAAGGCAAGAAAACCAUCCGGGAGGUCAUGGAGAUGCCACAUGUGAAGCAGUACCUCUUUGGAACGGGCAGCAUUGCUGGAGUAAUCUCAGAUAACUUUGCUAAGAUUAGUAUCUACCAAGCUAUGAAGAGAGGUCUCAUCAAGCCUGACAUUGGCAUUGAUCUGUUGGAGGCACAAGCAGCAACAGGGUUUAUCACUGACCCUGUGAAAGAUCAAUUAUUAAUAGUUGACGAAGCUGUCCGCAAGGGUCUUGUUGGCCCAGAGAUUCAUGACAAACUUUUGUCUGCUGAGAGAGCAGUCACAGGUUACAAGGAUCCAUACAGUGGGAAGGUCAUUUCUAUCUUCCAAGCCAUGAAAAAGGACCUUGUGUCUGAAGAUUAUGCCUUGAAGCUUUUAGAGGCCCAGGUAGCAACAGGUGGCCUCAUGGAUCCAGAAUACUACUUCCGCCUCCCAAAUGAUGUUGCCAUGCAACGUGGAUACAUUAACAAAGAAACCAGUGAGAGGAUAUCUGAUCCAAGUGGAGAUGUCAAGCAAUUUACAGACCCAACAACAGAUGAAAAGCUAUCUUAUGCACUACUUCUCAAAAGAUGCAAAGUGGAUAAAGAGAGUGGCUUACGACUAUUGUCUCUGGCAGACAAGAGACUUCUAUUUAAGGGCCUCAGAAAGCAAAUCACCCCAGAUGAGUUGUUGCUCUCUCAGAUAAUUGAUCAGAAGACCUACACAGCGCUGAUGGAAGGUACAGUCUCUGUAGAGGACCUCAGUAAAGACCUGAAGAAAUAUCUUGAAGGCAUCAGCUCUAUUGCAGGUGUGUUUGUAGAGGCAACCAAAGACAGACUAUCAGUCUACCAAGCCAUGAAGAAGAAUAUGAUCAGACCAGGCACCGCAUUUGAACUUCUGGAGGCUCAAGCGGCUACUGGGUAUGUGAUUGAUCCAAUAAAAAAUCAAAAAAUGAAUGUCAAUGAAGCAGUAAAAAUGGGAGUUGUGGGAUCAGAAUUUAAAGACAAGCUUCUCUCUGCUGAACGGGCUGUGACUGGCUACAAAGAUCCAUACUCUGGCAAAGUGAUCUCCCUCUUCCAGGCCAUGAAAAAAGGCCUCAUUCUGAAAGACCAUGGCAUCCGUCUGCUCGAGGCUCAAAUAGCCACAGGUGGAAUCAUUGAUCCUGAGGAAAGUCACCGACUUCCAGUGGAAGUGGCUUACAAACGUGGUCUAUUCGAUGAGGAGAUGAAUGGCAUUCUUACUGAUCCUUCUGACGACACUAAAGGGUUCUUCGAUCCAAACACAGAGGAGAAUUUGACCUACCUCCAGCUCAUGGAGCGGUGCAUUACUGACCCUGAAACGGGACUUUCUCUUUUACUGCUCAAAGAGAAGAAACGGGAAAGAAAGACAUCCUCAAAGUCUUCAGUGCGCAAACGCAGAGUUGUUAUUGUAGAUCCAGAAACAGGAAAAGAAAUGACUGUGUAUGAGGCAUACCGCAAAGGUCUUAUUGACCAUCAAACAUACAUUGAGCUUGCAGAACAAGAGUGCGAAUGGGAGGAAAUUACCACCUCGUCGUCAGAUGGUGUAGUUAAGUCUAUGAUUACUGACAGAAGAUCUGGGCGGCAGUAUGACAUUGAUGAUUCAAUCUCUAAGGGUCUCAUAGACCAAUCAUCUUUGGACCAGUACCGUACUGGAAAUCUUUCCAUCACAGAAUUUGCUGACAUGCUCUCUGGAAAUGUGAGUGGCUUCAGAUCUCGUUCAUCUUCCUUUGGAUCCAACUCAUCCUAUCCAAUGAGCCCCAUUCCCUCCAUCAAGACACCAGCAACAACCUGGAGUGACCCAACAGAGGAAACUGGACCAGUGGCUGGAAUCUUAGAUACAGACACUUUGGAAAAGGUGUCGAUCACAGAGGCUAUACAUCGAAAUCUAGUUGACAACAUCACCGGUCAAAGACUGCUAGAAGCACAAGCAUGCACAGGAGGAAUUAUUGACCCCAACACUGGAGAAAAGUUCUCUGUUGCAGAUGCAAUGAGCAAAGGGCUGGUGGACAAGAUUAUGGUGGAGCGUAUCAACUUGGCUCAGAAAGCUUUUCAGGGAUUUGAGGAUCCAAGAACCAAAACUAAAAUGUCUGCCGCUCAAGCCUUAAAAAAGGGUUGGCUGUACUAUGAAGCUGGUCAACGUUUCCUUGAAGUCCAGUACCUAACAGGUGGAUUAAUUGAACCAGAAGUUGCAGGAAGAGUAUCACUGGAUGAUGCCGUGAUGAAAGGCACUCUAGAUGCACGCACUGCACAGAAACUGAGAGAUGUUAGUGGAUAUUCCAAAUACCUCACCUGCCCCAAAACUAAACUAAAAAUAUCAUACAAGGAUGCCAUGGAGAGAAGCAUGAUUGAGGAAGGAUCUGGCCUGCGUUUGCUAGAGGCUUCCUCCCAGUCAAGUAAAGGUCUUUACAGCCCAUAUAGCAUCAGUGGCUCUGGAUCAACUUCAGGGUCUAGGUCUGGAUCCAGACCUAGUUCAAGAUCAGGCUCUAGAAGGGGAAGUUUUGAUGCUACUGGCUCAGGUUUCUCCACGAGCUUUACUUCAUCCUACAGCCCCACUAGUUAUGGUCGCCGUUAUGAUUCAGGGGCAUAUUGUGGACUUCAAAUGGAUGAGCUAGUGCAGGCCCUUACUGCUCUAGCAUCAGGCAGGAACUGUUGCUAUGAUGACAAGAGAAUAUUCAAAUUAUCACAA